ACGAAACCGUCGAUAGUUUCCAGGUAUUUCGAGCGUGUUCCGCGCAUUGCGUCCCCAUCGUCCGCAUUGUCUGGAACGUCGUCCUGUGUCAUCGGUCAUCCUCACGCUUAGAGAACUGGUGUCGUGUGAACCUGGUCGUUUAGUUGGCGCGUUUUCCAGCAGGGGUUUCAAAGUAAAUACUUCGGAUUCUUCGAAUACCACAAUCGCAGGUUUGACCGAAAUGUCAAAUUCUUCGCACAAUUGUACUCGUCGGUGCACAAAAUAGUGUCAAACAAUUUGAAUAGUUCCGUUCCCGCAUUGGAUAUUCGGUGGCAGUGUUAGCAACUCCGUGUCUUGGUGCAGAAGGAAUUUGGGGACAUGGAGGGAGGCGAGUCACCAUUGGAGGUGCUGUCGAGAGCGGCCACCAUGGUCCAGGAGACACAGCAUCAGCAGAAGCAUCAGAAGAAGACGAUGGCCCUCAGCAGUACGUCGCCGACAUCAGCAACAGCGGAAUCAGCGGAGUCGAAGCAGGCGGCGGCUAAGCAGUUACCCACAACGAAAUGGAAGAAAGACCGGAGAACGCGUCCGGAGUACUUGAGGAAAUCGGAUCCGAGGAUGCCGGAAGUGCUGUUGGUCGUCGGCGAUAGGCUGGUCAUGCCGAGCGAGAACGGCACCGCAGCACCGGCUUCCGGUCAGAAUGGAAACGGAAAUGGUAACAGCAGCAACGGUGCGAGGACGACGGCCGCCGACGCCCCCCUGGACAUGUCCGUCAAACAGAGGGGUCUUCCUCCCACUUAUUCUCAGGCCAUAAGCGAUCCCAGCUUCCGAUCCAGCUACAGACCUGCAAUCAGUUCAAAUGGUCCCAACGCCAGGGACGAAUUGCCCUCAGGAAUUUCGAUGUGCGACCCAAUAAUUGAUGAGCAUUUUCGGAGAUCCCUGGGAAAGGACUACAACACAGUAUUUUCAAAUAACAACGUUCCUAAGGAGUUGCCGACUGUGCUGAGCGCAUCGGCGCCAGUAGCACAGCAGAAGGUCAUAGAGAUGAUGGACAAUGCGAGCCUCUCCGUCGACGAUCACUUCGCCAAAGCCCUCGGCGACACCUGGCAUAAACUCAACAAGAAAGAGCCCACCGAGAUCAAGAGCAACGCCGACGUGGUCAUCAUCAAUUGAGGAUGUUUCUUUGAUCAUACCAACUGUUACACACAAAACAACAGCACCGACACAACAAAAUAAGUGUUAUUUUCAUUCUCCCCCCAUCUUUCCACUUCGUUUCUCCUGUGCUAAAGGGACGUAAUAAUCAACCCGCUCGUAUUCAGGUUUUCUCAAGUAACGUUUGGAAAGAUUUCCUCUCUUUAAGAAAACUAUAUCUUAUUUAUUUAUUAUAUAUCAUACGAACUAAUAUAACAAAAAAAAACAUGUAUUUAAACAACAGGAGAUUUGCUCUUCUGAUUAAAGUUCUAAUUAUAUAUAUAUAUAUGUAUAUAAUAUAUAGAACAGACAAAAAUGCACUGGGCGCAAAUUCAAUGUAAUUGGAUCUUCAAAUCCAAGCAUGCUGUAGGUAGACGUGUAGAGUUUCAUGGGAGGCCCUGACUUUGAGCCCUUUAGGCUUUUGUUUAUUUUUUUUUAUUACUUCCAAUCUGGCCCAUGUGCAAGAAAUAAAUAUCUCUCAGCGAUACUGUAUCCACCCACCCCCUCAACUCCCCAAAAAAACUACCCCCCUUGUAUAUAUUAAGUUUAUAAUAUUAUUUUCGUCUGUGCAUAUUUAGGUUCUAAGAUGUUUUUGUUUUUUUUUUCCUUUUAUUUUCUCUCUAUCUCGCAAAA